CAAAAAUUCCCCCGAGGGGACUGGAGGGCUCUGCGGGCGGCCGCUCCGGCGCGGCAGCGGGGCGCAGAGCGGGGAGGAGGCGCGGGGACGGCGGAGAAGGAGCAAAGGCGCUGGAGAGAAAACUUCGGAGACGAACAGGAAGCCUGCCGGGAGGCGGCGGCCGCGGCUCUCGCGCGCCCGGCUGCACGCUCGCCGCGCGGCUCCAGACCGGCUGCCCCGCGCCCUCGGCGCCGCAGGGGUGCGCGCCGCUCCGCCGGGCGCGGCGGCUCCGGGAGCGGGCGGCGGGGGCGCAGGGAAGCGGAGGGACGCCCACCGCGGAGCAUGAGGCAGCAUGUCUGAUAAAAUGUCCAGCUUCCUCUACAUAGGGGACAUCGUGUCCCUGUACGCGGAGGGCUCGGUCAACGGCUUCAUCAGCACCCUGGGGUUAGUGGAUGACAGAUGUGUAGUGCACCCAGAGGCAGGAGACCUUGCCAACCCUCCAAAGAAGUUCAGAGACUGCCUCUUUAAGGUCUGCCCCAUGAACCGAUAUUCUGCCCAGAAACAGUAUUGGAAGGCUAAGCAAGCCAAACAAGGGAACCACACAGAGGCAGCCCUGCUCAAGAAAUUACAGCAUGCUGCAGAACUGGAACAAAAACAAAAUGAAUCAGAGAAUAAGAAACUGUUGGGAGAAAUUGUGAAAUACAGUAAUGUUAUACAACUCCUGCAUAUAAAAAGCAACAAGUAUCUGACUGUCAACAAGAGAUUACCCGCUUUACUGGAGAAGAAUGCCAUGCGUGUGUCCCUGGACGCUGCAGGAAAUGAGGGGUCUUGGUUUUAUAUUCAUCCCUUCUGGAAGCUGAGAAGUGAGGGUGACAAUAUUGUUGUAGGUGAUAAAGUUGUUUUGAUGCCCGUGAAUGCAGGACAGCCUCUACAUGCCAGCAACAUAGAGCUUCUUGAUAAUCCAGGGUGUAAAGAGGUGAAUGCUGUUAACUGCAACACUAGCUGGAAAAUCACUUUAUUCAUGAAAUAUAGUUCCUAUCGAGAGGAUGUACUAAAAGGAGGUGAUGUUGUUAGACUGUUUCAUGCGGAACAAGAGAAGUUUCUGACAUGUGACGAGUAUGAGAAAAAACAACAUAUUUUCCUUCGUACAACCUUGCGUCAAUCAGCCACUUCUGCUACUAGUUCUAAAGCACUCUGGGAAAUAGAGGUGGUUCAUCACGACCCAUGCCGUGGGGGUGCAGGUCAGUGGAACAGCUUGUUCAGAUUUAAACAUCUUGCAACUGGGAACUACUUAGCAGCAGAGCUUAAUCCUGAUUAUCAAGAUGCCCAAAAUGAAGGGAAAAACGUGAGAGAUGGAGAUAUUCCAACUUCCAAGAAGAAACGCCAGGCAGGGGAGAAGAUCAUGUAUACUUUGGUGUCGGUCCCACAUGGAAAUGACAUUGCGUCCCUUUUUGAACUGGAUGCUACAACUCUUCAGAGAGCUGACUGCCUGGUUCCAAGGAACUCAUAUGUUCGGUUGAGGCAUUUAUGCACCAAUACAUGGGUAACCAGUACCAGCAUCCCCAUAGACACCGACGAAGAGAGGCCUGUUAUGUUGAAGAUUGGAACUUGCCAAACAAAAGAAGAUAAAGAAGCAUUUGCCAUUGUGUCUGUCCCGCUGUCUGAGGUCCGAGACUUAGACUUUGCCAAUGAUGCAAAUAAAGUGCUGGCGACCACAGUUAAAAAGCUGGAAAAUGGCACAAUAACUCAGAAUGAAAGGAGGUUUGUGACCAAAUUAUUGGAAGAUCUCAUCUUCUUUGUUGCCGAUGUACUUAAUAAUGGACAGGAAGUUCUGGAUGUGGUUAUCACCAAGCCAAACCGAGAACGUCAGAAAUUAAUGAGGGAACAGAACAUAUUGGCCCAGGUUUUUGGGAUUCUUAAAGCACCCUUUAAGGAGAAAGCAGGAGAAGGCUCAAUGCUGAGACUUGAAGAUCUGGGGGAUCAAAGAUAUGCCCCCUACAAGUACAUGCUGAGGCUCUGCUACCGGGUGCUGAGACAUUCACAGCAGGACUACCGGAAAAACCAGGAAUAUAUUGCUAAGAAUUUCUGUGUCAUGCAGUCCCAGAUCGGCUAUGAUAUUUUGGCAGAAGAUACCAUCACAGCUUUGUUGCACAACAACAGAAAACUACUAGAGAAACAUAUCACAGCAAAAGAAAUAGAAACAUUUGUCAGUUUGCUGAGGAGAAAUCGUGAGCCAAGGUUUUUGGAUUAUUUAUCAGAUCUGUGUGUGUCUAAUACCACCGCUAUACCUGUAACGCAGGAACUCAUCUGUAAAUUUAUGUUGAGCCCUGGCAAUGCAGACAUUCUCAUUCAAACUAAGCUGGUCUCAAUGCAAGUAGACAACCCCAUGGAGAGUGCCAUCCUUUCUGACGACGUUGAUGAUGAAGAGGUCUGGCUCUACUGGAUUGAUAGCAACAAGGAACCUCACGGCAAAGCCAUCAGGCACCUGGCUCAAGAAGCCAAAGAAGGGACCAAAGCUGAUUUAGAAGUUCUUACCUAUUACAGGUAUCAGCUAAACCUCUUUGCAAGGAUGUGCUUGGAUCGCCAGUAUUUGGCCAUAAACCAGAUUUCAACACAGCUCUCUGUCGAUUUGAUCCUGCGGUGUGUGUCAGAUGAGAGCCUGCCAUUUGACCUCCGAGCAUCAUUUUGCCGCCUUAUGCUCCAUAUGCAUGUUGAUCGGGACCCCCAGGAGUCCGUGGUGCCUGUUCGCUAUGCCAGGCUCUGGACAGAAAUCCCCACAAAGAUCACAAUUCAUGAGUAUGAUUCUAUAACAGACUGUUCCAGAAAUGAUAUGAAGAGGAAAUUUGCCCUGACAAUGGAAUUUGUUGAGGAAUACUUAAAAGAAGUUGUAAAUCAGCCCUUUCCUUUUGGAGAUAAAGAAAAAAACAAACUGACAUUUGAGGUGGUCCACUUGGCUCGCAAUCUUAUAUAUUUUGGAUUUUAUAGUUUCAGUGAAUUAUUAAGGCUAACAAGAACACUUCUGGCUAUCCUAGAUAUUGUACAAACCCCCAUGUCAUCGUAUUUUGAAAGAUUAAGUAAAUUUCAAGAUGGAGGAAACAAUGUCAUGAGGACCAUCCACGGCGUGGGGGAGAUGAUGACCCAGAUGGUGCUCAGCAGAGGCUCCAUCUUCCCCAUGAGUGUGCCCGACGUGCAGCCCAGCGCCCAUCCCAGCAAGCACAGCAGCUCUGCCGAGCACGAGGACGUGACCGUGAUGGACACCAAACUGAAGAUUAUCGAGAUUUUGCAGUCAGUGACAAGCCUCGUAAGAAAUCUCAUACGGACACGAGAAGAUUUCAGAGCAGCCAUUGUUCCUGAUAUAGAUGAAAUUGCAGCACAGGCAGAAACUAUGUUUGCUGGAAGGAAGGAAAAAAACCCGGUCCAGCUGGAUGAUGAAGGCGGCAGGACGUUUCUGCGAGUCCUCAUCCAUCUAAUCAUGCACGAUUACCCCCCUCUGCUGUCGGGGGCCCUGCAGUUGCUCUUCAAGCACUUCAGCCAGAGGGCCGAGGUCUUACAGGCAUUUAAGCAGGUGCAGUUGCUGGUGUCCAAUCAGGAUGUAGAUAACUACAAGCAAAUCAAGGCAGAUCUAGACCAGCUUCGGCUAACUGUAGAAAAAUCUGAGUUAUGGGUUGAGAAAAGCAGCAGCUAUGAGAACGGAGAAAUGGGUGAAAAUCAAGUAAAAGGUGGUGACGAGCCAAUUGAGGAGUCCAGCAUUUUAAGCCCAGUUCAGGACGGAACAAAGACACCUCAGAUUGACAGCAAUAAGAGCAAUAACUACCUGAUUGUAAAGGAGAUUUUACUCAGGCUAAGUAAACUCUGUGUGCAGAAUAAAAAGUGUCGGAGUCAACAUCAAAGAUUACUAAAAAACAUGGGGGCUCAUUCAGUGGUGUUGGACCUUCUGCAGAUACCCUAUGAGAAGAACGAUGCAAAGAUGAAUGAAGUAAUGAAUCUGGCCCAUACGUUCCUGCAGAAUUUCUGUCGGGGAAAUCCACAGAAUCAGGUUCUCCUUCAUAAACAUCUGAAUUUGUUUUUAACUCCUGGUCUCCUCGAAGCAGAAACCAUGCGGCACAUCUUCAUGAACAAUUACCAUCUAUGCAAUGAAAUUAGCGAGAGAGUCGUGCAGCAUUUCGUGCACUGCAUCGAGACGCACGGCCGCCACGUGGAGUACCUGAGGUUUCUGCAAACGAUUGUAAAAGCAGAUGGUAAAUAUGUGAAGAAAUGCCAGGAUAUGGUAAUGACAGAGUUGAUAAAUGGGGGUGAAGAUGUGCUGAUAUUUUACAAUGAUAGAGCGUCAUUUCCCAUCCUUCUCCAUAUGAUGUGUUCAGAGAGAGACCGAGGGGAUGAGAGCGGCCCCUUGGCCUACCACAUCACCCUUGUGGAGCUGCUGGCAGCAUGCACGGAGGGGAAGAAUGUCUACACCGAAAUCAAGUGCAACUCCCUUCUGCCCCUGGACGACAUAGCGAGGGUGGUGACUCAUGACGACUGCAUCCCUGAGGUUAAAAUUGCUUAUGUGAAUUUUGUUAAUCACUGUUACGUGGACACUGAAGUGGAAAUGAAAGAAAUCUACACGAGUAACCACAUUUGGAAAUUGUUUGAGAACUUCUUGGUGGAUAUGUCAAGGGUUUGCAAUACGACCACAGACAGGAAACACGCGGACACCUUCUUGGAGAAGUGUGUCACCGAGUCCAUCAUGAACAUCGUGAGCGGCUUCUUUAAUUCUCCUUUUUCAGACAACAGUACCAGCCUCCAGACCCAUCAGCCGGUUUUCAUUCAGCUGCUGCAGUCCGCCUUCAGAAUUUAUAAUUGCACCUGGCCAAACCCGGCGCAGAAAUCCUCGGUGGAGUCCUGUAUCCGAACUUUGGCUGAAGUGGCAAAGAAUCGGGGAAUCGCCAUUCCAGUGGAUUUAGACAGCCAAGUCAAUACUCUUUUCAUGAAGAGCCACUCAAACAUGGUGCAGAGAGCAGCCAUGGGCUGGAGGCUCUCAGCUCGCUCGGGGCCACGCUUUAAGGAAGCUCUUGGAGGGCCUGCUUGGGAUUAUAGAAAUAUUAUUGAAAAGUUACAGGAUGUUGUGGCCUCCUUGGAGCAACAGUUCAGCCCCAUGAUGCAGGCUGAGUUCUCAGUGCUGGUCGACGUGUUGUACAGUCCAGAGCUACUGUUCCCCGAGGGGAGCGAUGCAAGAAUAAGAUGUGGCGCUUUCAUGUCCAAGUUGAUAAAUCAUACAAAGAAACUAAUGGAGAAAGAAGAAAAGCUGUGCAUUAAAAUUCUUCAGACUUUACGAGAAAUGCUAGAGAAGAAAGACAGCUUUGUGGAAGAGGGUACCACAUUAAGAAAAAUACUCUUGAAUCGGUACUUUAAAGGUGAUUAUGGAGUUGGCAUGAGUGGACCCCUCUCUGGAACCUACUGCAAAUCUGCACAAGGGGGAGGAAGCUUUUCUGGACAAGAUCCUGAUAAGGUGGGGACACCAGUGUCAGAUAUUCAGUGCCUGCUGGAUAAAGAAGGUGCGUCCGAACUUGUCACCGAUGUCAUCGUGAGCACCAAAAAUGACAGGAUUUUUUCAGAAGGCAUUUUACUUGGCAUUGCCCUGCUCGAAGGAGGAAAUACACAGACUCAGUAUUCUUUCUACCAGCAGUUGCAUGAACAAAAAAAGUCAGAGAAAUUCUUCAAAGUUCUGUAUGACCGAAUGAAGGCUGCUCAGAAAGAGAUAAGAUCAACAGUGGCAGUGAACACCAUAGACUUAGGAAACAAGAAAAGGGAUGAUGACAAUGAAUUGAUGCCCUCUGGCCCACGAUUGAGAGUAAGAGAUUCACCAUUACAUUUAAAAGAGGGAAUGAAAGGACAGUUGACGGAAGCUUCUUCGGCCACAUCCAAAGCGUACUGUGUGUACAGAAGAGAAAUGGACCCCGAAAUAGACAUUAUGUGUACAGGAUCAGAGCUGGGAAACGCCGAGGAAAAGUCUGCCGAGGAAGUGACCAUGAGUCCUGCCAUCGGCAUCAUGCAGCCCAUCCUGAGAUUCCUUCAGUUACUGUGUGAGAAUCACAACCGAGAACUGCAGAACUUUUUGAGGAAUCAAAACAACAAAACAAAUUACAACCUUGUCUGUGAGACCCUUCAAUUUUUGGACUGCAUUUGUGGAAGUACAACGGGUGGCCUGGGCCUCUUGGGCCUCUACAUCAAUGAAAAGAAUGUAGUGCUGGUCAACCAGACUCUGGAAAGCUUGACCGAGUAUUGCCAGGGCCCAUGCCAUGAAAAUCAGACUUGUAUUGCUACUCAUGAAUCUAAUGGGAUUGAUAUCAUCAUUGCUUUGAUUCUGAAUGACAUAAACCCCCUUGGUAAAUAUCGAAUGGAUUUGGUGCUCCAGCUAAAGAACAAUGCCUCCAAACUCCUGCUGGCCAUUAUGGAAAGCAGACACGACAGCGAAAAUGCAGAAAGAAUUCUUUUUAACAUGAGACCCAGGGAACUGGUGGAUGUGAUGAAGAACGCCUAUAACCAAGGGUUGGAAUGCAGUCAUGGGGAUGAUGAGGGCGGAGAUGAUGGUGUUUCCCCAAAAGACGUUGGACACAAUAUCUAUAUUCUGGCCCAUCAGUUGGCCCGUCACAACAAGCUGUUACAGCAGAUGCUCAAACCCGGAUCGGAUCCAGAUGAUGGAGAUGAAGCCUUAAGGUAUUAUGCUAACCAUACUGCACAAAUCGAGAUUGUUCGGCAUGACAGAACUAUGGAGCAAAUAGUUUUUCCUGUCCCCAAUAUAUGUGAAUAUCUUACUCGAGAAUCCAAGUGCCGUGUGUUCAAUACAACUGAAAGGGACGAGCAAGGAAGCAAAGUAAAUGACUUUUUCCAGCAAACAGAAGAUCUUUACAACGAAAUGAAGUGGCAAAAGAAAAUCAGGAGUACACUUUCCCCACUGUUCUCAGUUCUCCUUUGGAUAACAGUUGCAAUUUGUACAUCUAUGCUGUUUUUCUUCUCCAAGCCUGUGGGUAUUCGGCCAUUUCUUGUGUCAGUAAUGCUCAGAUCAAUAUAUACAAUAGGUCUUGGGCCUACAUUAAUACUUCUUGGUGCAGCUAAUCUUUGUAAUAAAAUCGUAUUUCUGGUGAGUUUUGUCGGAAAUCGUGGCACAUUCACCCGAGGCUACCGAGCGGUCAUCCUGGAUAUGGCCUUUCUCUACCACGUAACAUAUGUCCUGGUGUGCAUGCUGGGUCUUUUUGUCCAUGAAUUCUUCUACAGCUUCCUGCUUUUUGAUUUGGUGUACAGAGAAGAGACUCUGCUCAAUGUCAUAAAAAGUGUCACACGGAACGGCCGCUCCAUUAUUCUAACUGCCGUCCUCGCCCUCAUCCUCGUCUACCUGUUUUCCAUUAUUGGGUUCCUUUUUCUGAAGGACGACUUCACCAUGGAAGUGGAUAGGCUGAAAAACAGGACUCCUGCCACAGGUAGUCAUGAAGUUCCUACAAUGACUUUAACUUCAAUGACGGGAACCUGUGAAAAGGACAGUUGCCCACCCACCAUCCCAGCUUCAAACGCAGCUGAGGAAGAGUAUGAAGAUGGAAUCGAAAGGACGUGUGACACCCUCCUUCUGUGCAUAGUCACUGUCCUGAACCAAGGCCUCAGGAACGGCGGCGGUGUGGGGGACGUGCUGAGGAGGCCAUCGAAGGAUGAGCCCUUGUUUGCUGCCCGAGUGGUAUAUGAUCUCCUUUUCUAUUUCAUCGUUAUCAUUAUCGUUCUUAACCUGAUUUUUGGUGUUAUCAUUGAUACUUUUGCUGAUCUCAGAAGUGAAAAACAGAAAAAAGAAGAGAUUCUGAAGACAACCUGCUUCAUCUGCGGACUUGAGAGGGACAAGUUUGAUAAUAAAACUGUUUCGUUUGAAGAGCACAUCAAGUCAGAACACAAUAUGUGGCAUUAUUUGUACUUCCUAGUCCUCGUGAAGGUGAAAGACCCAACUGAAUACACUGGACCCGAAAGCUAUGUGGCUCAAAUGAUCGUGGAGAAGAACUUGGACUGGUUUCCUCGGAUGCGAGCCAUGUCCCUCGUUAGCAAUGAAGGUGACAGUGAGCAAAAUGAGAUUCGGAACCUGCAGGAGAAGCUGGAGUCGACCAUGAGCCUGGUCAAACAGCUGUCGGGUCAGCUGGCGGAGCUCAAGGAGCAGAUGACAGAACAAAGGAAGAAUAAGCAGAGACUGGGCUUUCUCGGAUCAAACACACCCCAUGUGAAUCAUCACAUGCCACCGCACUGACAGCACGGGGGGAAGCCGUGACUAGCCUUUCACCAGUGUCCUGCCUGAUCACUGAGUAAAGAACUGAGACGGAGGGGAGUGAACAGUGCCUAUUGUUGAAACGUUAAAAACAACCUAGUGCCAAGAUGUUGAGUGGUUUAACUCCGAGAACAAUUUAUAACUGUGUUUCCAUGGUCAAGAAGACCAGACUUAAAAGCCAGAAAGCGCCUAUCGUGCAUUCUCAAUGCAACAAACAGGAAGUUGCCGGCUCAAAUGGAUGGAGAAGGUAGGGAGAGGCCCAGUGGAAGGAGACGCAGCACUGGGAGAAAUACCUUUUGCUAAAUCGCCAAGAGUCUGUUUUGUCUUAAAUGCUGACUGCAGCCAUUGUCGUGGCUGGCUGGAGUUUGUUUCUUUUAAUUAUGCCCUAUAGUCAGCAACAUAGGAAGGCACACUGGGGUGGCUGCAUUUUACUAAAGAAUUGGAGCUGAAAAGAUUGGAAAUGUGAGCUUCAGAGGAAAAUGCUUCCAAAUCGUGUCUGUCACAGGGCUGUCUCCUUGUUUAUAAAGGCAGCACAAUGGAUUCACAGCUCUAGGAACUUGGGGCUUGGAGCUUAUGCCCCUCCUGCUGAUAAACAGAACUGGACUGUGAUUGCCUCUGAAGGGCUCUGACCGUAUGGAGCAUGAAGGGAGAUUUUCAUAUAACUUGUUACAAACAUGUUUUCAGCCAUAGCUAGGCUAAUACUUUUAAAGAUUUGGGGAAGAGAAAGCUGACAGUAAGUCCCAAGGAAGAAGUUUUUAAGGACAUAUGUAUGCUAUUAAAAUAUAUUGAGGUGAAUAAAUGAAAAUGCUUAAAGGCGACAGGAAAUAUUGAGAAACUUAGGAUGGUGGCAUUGGCUUUUAUAAAUAUGGAGUAGAAGGCAUUUGAUUCAUGUUUGCUGUGCUUAAGGAACUGAGUGAUUUUAUUUAUCAUAUUCCUGUGGUUAGGGGGGAAAAAAUCCAAGAAAUUUAUUGAAUACUCGGGACAACACAGCAUUUCAGUUGCAUAUUUUAAACUGUAUUCGGUAAGAGCAUUUUUGGAAUGUAGAAAGAUAAUAAUCUCUUCCUUAAAUUGUUUUUGUGUUAAAUUAUGCAACCAGAAUUUGUGGAGGGAGAAAAUAACCUGCUACGCUCUUAUUAUUCUUAGCGACUGUACAUUCAGAAUGUUAAAGCAAAAUACGGACAAUGAUAGAACUGCUGUGUGGCAGGGGAGUGAGGCAGACACCAGAUGCUUUGCAAGUUGACCUCCUGACCCCUGACCCCUCCAAGAGUAAGAAAUUCCCUUCAGAGUCUUAAAGUAAUUGCCACCAAAGUUUAAGGUCCGGAUAGGAUUUUCUGGGACCACCUUUAAAGAGUUUGGAUUGUUUUAAGAUAGCUUAAGGUCUUGGCUCCUAAAAUUCUCAAAGCAUGGCCAAGGUAGAUUAUAAAGGAUUCCUGAACCAAAUCUUCAACUGUACAAUGUUAACAGGUGGAGUUGGAGAGAAGCUAUUAAAACCCAGAGCAACAAAUUCUUGAAAUGAAUCUACUGGCACCUCCCCUCACCCCACCCUCUGCCCCAACCUCCCCAAGUUACGAACUCCUCUCUCUAAUGUAAUGGUAUUUUUCCUGAGCAGUCACUGGAGGACCACGAUCCAAAGAUACUAAAAUACUGGAAUAUAUGUCUGCAUGCACCAUAGAACUUUGAAUGCAGUAGGCAUUCAAUAAAUGUAUGAGAGAUUCCACUGUCAUUCAUUUACCCUGAAUUCUUUGUUAAAACUUCAAACUACACUACAUAUUUGAUUUUUUGGAAUGGCUUCACCAAAAUCAAAGCAGCCAUUGUUUUAAUCCAAGACCAUCAUUGUUAUAAAAGAUGAAAAGUACGCUUUAAAAUAUUUUGCUUGGGCAGAGAGUUUUGCAGAUAGGGUAAAGAAAAGUGGUAAAUAUUGACCAUAUUCCAGUAUAGGAACCUAUCUCAGUUUCAACAGAAAAUAUUUUUGAUGUCUGGACAUCAAGAGAAGAGAUUAAUUUGUACAGGUGAGAGCAACCUGUCUUUUGGAUGAUGAACUAUCUACUCUUUUCUGACACUGUGAUAGUUCUUUUUUAUAGGGAAAAAGUCACUGGGUGUAUAACUGCUAUCAAGGAAUGGCCUAACCUCUCCAACUAUGGCUGGUGGUAGCUCACUGUUUCGCAGCCUGUUAUGGGAAGUAUCCACAAGAGAUUGCACCUAACAAAAUUCCUGUUGGUUCAAAAUUGAAACCAUUUUUCAGUUGUAUUUCUCUUUUUUUCCUGCCUCAAUGCUGGAGAGAUUAUAAAGCACAAUAAACAAAACCAUGCAAACAAAAAAGAUACUUUGUAGGCUAUUAAAUUUGUGAUGGAGAAGGAGAAGAGUAGGGAAAUUUGACACUUGAUAUAAAUUUAUAUUUUUUAGUGCAUGUUUCUUAAAGCAACUGGAAUAUUUGACCCAGGCAAGUAUCAAUUAAUAUUCUCAGAUUUAUUUAGUGAUAUUAAAAUAAAUACAAUCUUUGAUUUUGAUGCUAAGGGAAAUGUUUUCCUAUUUAGUUACUAAAAUCCAUAUUGGUUUAAAAGUAUCAGUCUGUGCUGAAUAUAAUUAUUUUAUUUCAAAAGGACAUUAUUCUCCUAAUAUGCUCCAUUCUGAGGCCCAAGAGUUUAAUGAAAGUAUAUUUCCUAAGUUAAAAUACCAUUUGUAGAUGAGAAAAUGUUUCUAUCACAGAAGACUGUAAUAUUAAUAGAGAAGUGUACAGAUGUAAGAUUUAUCAUAUUUUUCUACCCCUUAAAAAAGUUAGCUUAGAAAAGGGCUUAUUUUCUUGCAUUUUGAAAUUUUUCUGUUGAUGAAAGAUGCAGCUUCUAUAGAUUAUUGAUAAUAUUAGGAAGAUUCAUUCAAGUCACAACUAAAUUGUGUGCAUAUUUCCAUAUUCUCAGCCUACAGCUCAUUGUUUUGGUUGCUGUCUUUAGUUAGUUGUUUUAUGACAAACAGAAAUUCAGCAGGGCUUACUUCCUACCCCGACAUCCUAGGGCUGAAAGGAGUGGAAAGGGUAGUUGUCUGGGGCGUUGGUCAGGGAAGGUGGCGACUGGGGUGUCACUGUGAUUAGAGAAGUGAUUGGUAAAAGGAAGAAAAGGGCUUGCCCUGCAGGGGCCCAGUGGACUGGAAUAUAAGUAAGUAAGUAUUGCACAGGCAGCCUGAUGUAACAGAGUACAGACUCAAGAGAUAAUGUUUAAUCAUGCAGAGAACAGCGCCUUGGAGGAAAGCAGCUUUAAGAGGUAUGUGCCCUCAGCUGUUCUUAAGUCUGCACAGUAAUAAAUCAGCAUAUUCUGGCCUGUAGACCUGUCCCAAAUGCUGUGAGCAUGAUCCAGUGCAAAACACCAUGGAGCAGGCACCGUAAACACCAACACAAAUGCCUGUGGGAGCUGGGCGAGUCACUAAAAUGAGUGAAUGUGGGGUGCACACCAUACACACGGUGUGAGGAGGGCCACGGUGAGCUUUCUAUUUGCAAAAUUUUGACAGCUGAUUCCAGUUUUUAGAAAAUGUCCGACAUCAGUUGAGGCCCUGUGGUCCCUCAUUUGCUGUCUCUGGAAUAAUUUGUUGGUAAAUCCCAUUAAGUAGAGGAAAAUAUGCAGUGCCCAAACCAAGCAGAGGAGCUAAAAUGCAUGUCAAACUUGAAAAAUCCAAAAAUUCAGGUUAUCAUCUCCGAACUGGAGUGUUUCCACAGACUUGAAUAAUUUUAUAAAAUUAUCAUACCAGUAUUUCUCAUAUCACCAGUGGCCUUUUCCCUGCAUUUGAGGAUUAUAUAUUUGCCUCAAAAAAAACCCCCCAUGAUUCUAAUAGAAUAUGUCAAGACCAUAUAAGUAUAAUUUAUAAAUCAUAAUGAAUAAAGUUGGAUUUGUGUAA